AUGGCACGCAUAUUCAUAACCGGCUCCAGCGACGGCAUCGGCCAAGCCGCCGCCCGCAUCCUCGCAGAAAAAGGCCACUCCGUCGUCCUGCACGCCAGAAACGCAGACCGCGCCGCCACAACCCACCGCGCAGUCCCCAAAGCCGAAGCCGUGCUAGUAGGCGACCUGCGCUCGAUCACCGAGAUAAAGAGACUAGCCCAAGAAGCCAAAGGGCCGUUUGAUGCGAUUAUUCAUAAUGCGGGGAUUGGCUACGGCGGUACAUCUAGCCGGGAGAUCACCAGUGACAAGCUUUCUGCUGUGUUUUCUGUGAAUACACUCGCGCCGUAUAUUCUGACUUGUUUAAUGGAGAAGCCGACAUCGCGACUAUUGUUUAUGAGUUCGGAUAGUCACUACGGCGGCGAUGAGAGCUUGAGGAAUAUCACACAGUCGCACUCCUACAGCGAUAGCAAAUUACACGACACGAUGCUAGCGAAUGCAUUCGCACGGCGGUGGGGUGAGGAUAUACAGGUGGUCAGCAUGCAUCCUGGCUGGGUUCGGACUAAGAUGGGUGGCAUGAUGGCUCCUGGGGGGAUGGAUAAGCCGGCGAAGGCGUUGGCGGAUUGGGCGGCUGGACAGGGAAAGUUGGCUGGCUUGAGGAGCGGGGCGUUUUUUACGACAAGUGGGGAGGAUUCGGCGCAUCCGGGGGCUGGGAAUGUGGGUAAGCAGGAGGAGUUGUUGAGGAUUUGCAGGGAGGUUUCUGGGGUGGGGGUUCCAGGUGAAUAG